AUGGCCGGCGAUACUGAGAUGGUUGAGAAUUCAGCCAAUGGCAUACCUCCUGUAGUGGCUUUGGAAUGCCCGGGACCUCUGGGUGUUCCAGAACUUUUGGCUCUCGGAAUACUCCAUAGUUCAAUCUGCCCACUCAUCUUAGUUGGAACAAACAUCUUGCCCCCCCCUUCCCCCCCAAACAGCUCCAUUUCUGGUGUUAUCUUGAACUUGGUAUGUGGCUUUUUCUUCCUUCCUAGUAGUGAUAAAACCACUAGGGGCUCCUGCUCAGUGGUGGUUUUAUUUUUUGAUGUAUUGUGGCUUUGCUCUAGUGCAACUACGCUUAGGGACAAAUACCGGGCUCAAAGGAUUGUCUUUGCCGCAAUCUCAACCAUUCAUCUCUACAAUGCUAUCCUAGAUAAAUGCCACAUGGCCUAUGACGAUAAACCUGCUACAAAACCAGAAAACCUGUACUAUGUUUAUGAGCUGGAAAAAUGA